AUGGGUGCUCUCGAACGCUGUCUUCAGGACACAAAUGAUGUUGAGAAGCAGAAGCUCAGUCCAUACGCCGGCAUCUCGGGAAUAGGAGUCGUUGCCGCCUUCGUUGGAACAACGUUCAUCGCGCUCUUUCUCGUCAUCUGCAAUUAUCUGGUCGCCUAUAAUCCAACAACCAACCCCUUCACGCCCCUCGAUGGUCGGCUAGAGGACUCGUGA